AUGGGUAAUGCUGUGGCGUCAUUCUUCCGAGAUUGCUGCAACAAGUUUUUUCGCAAACAGAUAACUUUCCAAAUUAGAAUUUGUGGCCCAGCGCAAAGUGGGAAAACCACGCUCGUCAAGUACCUCCUGCACAGCCGAUUUUUGAAGGUCAAGCCGACGGAAGGCCUCCUGCUGGAAAAAAUCGACUUCGAAGAAUUUUCAAUCAUCAUAUGGGACUCCCGCUACAGCAUAGAGGACGACGCGUCCAUUAACAGGCUAGACAUCGACGCGGUCAUUUACUGCAUCGACCUCUCCGACCACGGGAGGUUAAAGAUAGCGAAAAAGGGAUUCUACAAAGUCCUUCAGGAUUACAACCACGUUGACGACUUCCUAGUCGUGGCCAGCAAGCAGGACAAGAAGAGCUGCAUGCUGCUGCAGCACGUCAGGAGCGAGCUCAAGAUCGACCACAUCGUUGACAGGAACUGCCACUUAGCAGAAUGCUCCUCCAAAACAGGACACGGUGUGGAGCCCGCGAUGAACUGGCUCUUCAAUCAGCUGAUGAAUCGCCGCAAGCGAAAUUUGUGUUUUAUAAAAUAAAUGCACCUUGGUCUGUCACUUCCCAAUUGGAGGGAUAGCUCUGUUUGCUGGUGGGGGCUGCUCAUCUGUCCGGCGUCAUCAAGCUUUGCAAGUAGCCACCCAAUGAGCACCGACCUUUUUGCUGCCCCCUUUUGCGUAAUGAUUUAUUAUUGCACCCUACUCAUUUGAACCUGACCAACAUUGCUAACCUUUUUUUUCUUCAUC